AUGGUUGCUACCGAACCCCACCUCAACUUCCGGUCCUUUGUCGAGGCCCUCAAGGCUGACAACGAUCUCGUCGAAAUCAAUGACCCCAUUGAUCCUUAUCUCGAAGCCGCUGCUAUUACUCGCCUUGUCUGCGAAACCGAUGACAAGGCUCCUCUGUUCAACAAUGUGAUUGGUGCCCAGAAUGGUCUCUUCCGUAUUCUAGGAGCCCCAGGAUCUCUCCGCAAGUCUCCCAAAGACCGAUAUGGCCGUCUCGCCCGUCACCUGGGCCUACCACCCACCGCAUCGAUGAAGGAUAUCCUCGACAAGAUGCUGUCCGCUAGCGAGCUGACUCCAAUUGAACCCACGAUUCUUCCCACUGGUCCCUGCAAGGAAAACUUCCUCGAGGAGAGCCAGAUCGAUUUGACCAAGCUUCCCGCUCCGCAAAUCCACGCGGCCGAUGGUGGCAAAUACAUCCAAACCUACGGCAUGCACAUCGUUCAGUCUCCUGAUGGAUCGUGGACCAAUUGGUCUAUUGCCCGCGCGAUGGUUUCAGACGAUAAGCACUUGGCAGGUCUGGUCAUCGAGCCGCAGCACAUCUGGCAGAUCCACCAGAUGUGGAAGAAGGAGGGCCGGGACGUGCCUUGGGCUCUGGCCUUUGGUGUACCCCCUGCAGCUAUUAUGGCAUCCAGCAUGCCCAUCCCUGACGGAGUCACUGAGUCUUCCUAUGUUGGUGCGAUGACUGGAUCUUCCCUGGAGCUGGUCAAGUGUGACACCAACAACCUUUAUGUGCCUGCUACUUCCGAGAUUGUCUUCGAGGGUACCUUGUCCAUCACCGAUCGGGCACCCGAGGGACCAUUCGGAGAAAUGCACGGCUACGUCUUCCCCGGCGACACCCACCUGUGGCCUAAGUACAAGGUCAACCGGAUCACCUACCGCAAUGACCCGAUUCUCCCUAUGUCAUCCUGUGGUCGUCUGACUGAUGAGACUCACACCAUGAUUGGCGCCUUGGCUGCCGCAGAGAUCCGCAAGAUUUGCCAGAACGCUGGUCUCCCUAUUACCGAUUCUUUCGCGCCGUUUGAAUCGCAGGUCACUUGGGUUGCUCUCAAGGUGGAUACUGCUCGUCUGCGGGAGAUGAAGACCACCUCCAAGGAGUUCUCCAAGAAGGUUGGAGAUCUGGUGUUCAACCACAAGGCUGGAUAUACCAUCCAUCGCCUGGUUCUUGUCGGGGAUGAUAUCGACGUUUACAACGGGAAAGAUGUGAUGUGGGCAUUCAGCACUCGCUGCCGACCUAACCUCGACGAGACCUUCUUCGAGGACGUGCGUGGAUUCCCACUUGUCCCGUACAUGUCCCAUGGCAAUGGAUCCCCCACUAUGGGAGGUAAGGUGGUCUCGGACGCCCUUAUGCCCACCGAAUAUACGACUGGUCAAGAUUGGUUGGCUGCCGAUUUCAAGAAUUCCUAUCCCGAGGAAUUGAAAAAGAACGUUCUGAACAACUGGGAAAAAUGGGGUUUCCGCCGCGAGGAGUAA